AUGAAAACGCGUGAUUCUUCCCCACCAUUGCACGUUCACGUGCCAGAGACCACACAUGUACAUGUACACCUGAAGAGGAGUCAGAAGAGCGGCACUGCAAAGACCUCACAGGUUAGUAAAUGUUUAGUCAAUUAAGUGAUACACUUAUUCAACCUUCGAAAUAAAGUAGGCCUAUAAUAGAAAUAGGCCUCCCUUGACUGCCUCAACAGUUGCAUGUCAGUCAACCACUGCUCUCUUUGCGUAUGAAGGUUAAAGAGGUGCAAAUCAAGGGGGAUAUUGGGAACCUGCGUGCCAGGACGAGGGCCCGGGCCCCCUGGGUGCCGGCCACAGGAAGAAGCGCCACUCGGGAUGACGCAUACAAGUGGAAGGUCCUGGAAAUGUUAUUUGCUCCUCACAUAUACAUUUUCAUCCAGUGCUAUGGACAUUGCUUACAUUUCACAUUAACAAAGAUACAUUUAUUGCUCACUAUUCCCACAGAUAUUAUAUCCUACAUGAUAUCAUUAGAUCCACAUUUAAAUUUUAGUCAUUUAGCAGACGCUCUUAUCCAGAGCGACUUACAGUUAGUGAGUGCAUACAUUUUUCAUACUGGCCCCCCGUGGGAAACGAACCCACAACCCUGGCGUUGCAAGCGCCAUGCUCAACCAACUGAGCUACAAUCAACUACCAAUGUUGAUUUUCAUGUCUCUCAGCAGCCUUCAUACUGUCUGGAGAUCACACCUGUAUCACAGGCUAAGCCCUCCCUGUCCCCACUGCAGUUGGCUGACCUGUCUAAUGAGGAUAAACAAGAGCAGAGGAUACAUGGCCAGUGUAACAAAUAUAUGAGGAAGAUUGAUGGACUCAUGAUGGAUGUUGGGUCUCCAAAGAACGAGGUAUGUACAGUGCCUUCAGAAAGCAUUCCCCUUGACUUAUUCCACAUUUUGUUGUGUUACAGGCUGAAUUAAAAAUGGAUGGGGAAAAAAAACAAUCUUGCCCAUCUACACAAAAUGUCCCAUAAUGACAACAUGAAAGCAAGUUUUUAGACAUUUUUGCAAAUGUAUUGAAAAUUAAAUACAGAAGUAUCUAAUUUACAUAGGUAUUCACACCCCUAAGUCAAUACUUUGUAGAAGCACCUUUAGUACUGAUUACAGCUGUGAGUCUUUCUGGGUACGUCUCUUAAGAGCUUUCCACACCUGGAUUGUAAAACAUUUGCAAUUAUUCUUUCAAAAUUAUUCAAGCUCUGUCAAAUUGGUUGUUGAUCAUUGCUAGACAACCAUUUUCAAGUCUUGCUAUAGAUUUUAAAGUAGAUUAAAGUCAAAACUGUAAUUUGGCCACUGAUUAACAUUCACCAUCUUCUUGGUAAGCAACUCCAGUGUAGAUUCUGUCUUGUGUUUUAGGUUAUUGUUCUGCUGAAAGGUGAAUUCAUCUCCCAGUGUCUGGUGGAAAGCCUCUAGGAUUUUGCCUGUGCUUAGCUCCAUUCCAUUGAUUUUUUUUUAUCCAGGAAAACUCCCCAGUCCUUAAUGCUUACAAGCAUACCCAUGACAUGAUGCAGCCACCACUAUUUUUUAAUUACUUUUUUUAUUUCACCUUUAUUUAACCAGGUAAGCCAGAUGAGAACAAGUUCUCAUUUACAACUGCGACCUGCCCAAAAUAAAGCAAAGCAGUGUGAUUAAAAACAACAACAACACAGAGUUACAUAUGGAAUAAACAAAACGUACAGUCAAUAACACAAUAGAAAAUCUAUAUACAGUGUGUGCAAAUGUAGUAAGUUAUGGAGGUAAGGCAAUAAAUAGGCCAUAGUGCAAAAUAAUUACAAUUUAGUAUUAACACUGGAGUGAUAGAUGUGCAGAAGCUGAUGUGCAAAUAGAGAUACUGGGGUGCAAAUGAGCAAAAUAAAUAACAAUAAGGGGAUGAGGUAGUUGGAUGGGCUUAUUACAGAUGGGCUGUGUACAGGUGCAGUGAUCGGUAAGCUGCUCUGACAACUGAUGCUUAAAGUUAGUGAGGGCGAUAAGAGUCUCCAGCUUCAGAGAUUUUUGCAGUUCGUUCCAGUCAUUGGCAGCAGAGAACUGGAUGGAAUGGCGGCCAAAGGAGGUGUUGGCUUCGGGGAUGACCAGUGAGAUAUACCUGCUGGAGCGCAUACUACGGGUGGGUGUUGCUAUGGUGACCAAUGAGUUAAGAUAAGGCGGGGAUUUGCCAAGCAGUGAUUUAUAGAUGACCUGGAGCCAGUGGGUUUGGCGACGAAUAUGUAGUGAGGGCCAGCCAACGAGAGCGUACAGGUCACAAUGGUGGGUAGGAUAUGGGGCUUUGGUGACAAAACAGAUGGCACUGUGAUGGACUACAUCCAAUUUGCUGAGUAGAGUGUUGGAGGCUAUUUUGUAAAUGACAUCGCCGAAGUCAAGGAUCAGUAGGAUAGUCAGUUUUACGAGGGCAUGUUUGGCAGCAUGAGUGAAGGAGGCUUUGUUGUGAAAUAGGAAGCCGAUUCUAGAUGUAACUUUGGAUUGGAGAUGCUUAAUGUGAGUCUGGAAGGAGAGUUUACGGUCUAACCAGACACCUAGGUAUUUGUAGUUGUCCACAUAAGUCAGACCCGCCGAGAAUAGUGAUUCUAGUCGGGCGGGCGGGUGCAAGCAGCAUUCGAUUGAAGAGCAUGCAUUUAGUUUUACUAGCGUUUAAGAGCAGUUGGAGGCUACAGAAGGAGUGUUGUAUGGCAUUGAAGCGCGUUUGGAGGUUUGUUAACAGUGUCCAAUGAAGGGCCAGAUGUAUACAAAAUGGUGUCGUCUGCGUAGAGGUGGAUCUGAGUCACCAGCAGCAAGAUAUACACAGAGAAUAGAGUCAGCCCGAGAAUUGAACCCUGUGGCACCCCCAUAGAGACUGCCAGAGGUCCAGACAACAAGCCCUCCGAUUUGACACAUUGAACUAUAUCUGAGAAGUAGUUGGUGAACCAGGCGAGGCAGUCAUUUGAGAAACCAAGGCUAUUUAGUCUGCCAAUAAGAAUGCGGUGAUUGACAGAGUUGAAAGCCUUGGCCAGUUCAAUGAAGAUGGCUGCACAGUACUGUCUUUUAUCGAUCGCGGUUAUAAUAUCGUUUAGGACCUUGAGCGUGGCUGAGGUGCACCCAUGACCAGCUCGGAAACCGGAUUGCAUAGCGGAGAAGGUACGGUGGGAUUCGAAAUGGUCGGUGAUCUGUUUGUUAACUUGGCUUUCAAACACUUUCGAAAGGUAGGACAGGAUGGAUAUAGGUCUGUAACAGUUUGAAUCUAGAGUGUCACCCCCUUUGAAGAGAGGGAUGACCGUGGCAGCUUUCCAACCUCUGGGGAUCUCAGAUGAUACGAAAGAGAGGUUGAACAGGCUAGUAAUAGGGGUUGCGACAAUUUCGGUGGCUAAUUUUAGAAAGAAAGGGUCCAGAUUGUCUAGCCCAGCUGAUUUGUAGGGGUCCAGAUUUUGCAGCUCUUUCAGAACAUCAGCUGUCUGAAUUUGGGUGAAGGAGAAGCAAAGGCGGGGCAUGGGCAAGUUGCAGCGGAGGGUGCAGAGCUGGUGGCCGGGGUAGGGGUAGGGGUAGCCAGGUGGAAAGCAUGGCCAGCCGUAGCACUAUGCUUGAAAAUAUGGAGAGUGGUAGUCAGUAAUGUGCUGUAUUGGAUUGGCCCCAAACAUAACGCUUUUUAUUCAGGGCAUGAAGUAUAUUUCAUAGCAUUUUUUUUGUUGCAGUUUUACUUUAGUGCCUUAUUACAAACAGGAUGCAUGUUUUAGAAUAUUUGUAUUCUGUACAGGCUUCCUUCUUUUCACUCUGUCAAUUAGGUUAGUAUUGUGGAGUAACUACAAUGUUGUUGAUCCAUCCUCAGUUUUCUCCUAUCACAGCCAUUAAAUUCUGUAACUGUUUUAAAGUCAACAUUGGCCUCAUGGUGAAAUCCCUGAGCUGUUUCCUUCCUCUCCGGCAACUGAGUUAGGAAGGACGCCUGUAUCUUUAUAGUGACUGGAUGUAUUGGUACACCAUCCAAAGUUCAAUUAAUAACUUCACCAUGCUCAAAGGGAUAUUCAAUAUCAGCUUUUUAUUUUUUUACCCAUCUACCAAUAGGUGCCCUUUUUGUUGCAAGGCAUUGGAAAACCUCUGUGGUCUUUGUGGUUGAAUCUAUUUUUGAAAUUCACUGCUCGACUCAGGAAUCUUACAGAUAAUUGUAUGUGGGAUACAGAGAUGAGGUAGUCAUUCAGAAAUCCUGUUAAACACUAUUAUUGCACACAGAGCGAGUCCAUGCAACUUAUUAAGUGACUUGUUAAGCACAUUUUUUUACUCCUGAACUUAUUUAGGCUUGCCAUAACAAAGGGGUUGAAUACUUUUUGACUUGACAUUUUAGCUUUUCAUUUGUAAUUAAUUUCUAAAAAAUUUUAAAAACACAAGUCCACUUUGACAUUAUGGGGUAUUGUGUAUAGGCCAGUGAAAAAAAAAAUCUACAUUUAAUCAAUUUUAAAAUUCAGGCUCUAACACAACAAAAUUUGGAAAACGUCAAGGGGGGUGAAUACUUUAUGAAGGCACUGUAUAGUGUGUAAAAUUCUGUUUUCCCCUUACCCAACUUAGCCCCUUCUAUGGUUCAUCACACUAUCACAAUUUACUGCUUCAUUACAAUACCGAGCCACGAUCUCACUGAAAUUCAGCAAUAUCCAGUGCACCCCUCUUGUUUGUUUCGUGAAUGUGUCCAGUAAACAAAGAAGUUGUGUGUGUGUGUGUGUGUGUGUGUAAAGGACAUUUAGUAAUCAAGCAUAGGAUUAUCAGUAUUAGAUUGAGUAGCCAAUAGAAUAGAGUGAAAAUACAUCUGAACUAUUUAAUGUUUACAAGACAACUUAAAAAUGUGAGGCAGUUUAGGAACAGCUUGGUUUUAACCUUUCCAUUCCGUGCAGGGCUUAUUCGGGGACUCUACACGGGGAAAGAGACAUGCUACUGAGGAAGCUGGUAGAAGCAGAGUUUGAUGGGGUGGCAGUGGUCACACAGUUGACAGCUCUGAAUGAGUCAAUGGGUGGUGUGAAAAAGGUGAAUUUGAUACAAGUGACCCUGUUAAAUAUGGACAAAUGUUUUUUUAAAUGUUCUUUAAGACUGCCCUUUCUCCUUGCUAGGAUAAGCGGUUUUCCAAGGCGGACGCUGCCCUGCUUGGUAGGCAGCAGGAGUUGCUGACAAAGAAGAUAGAAACAUUUGACAGCACAAACCGCACUCUCCGAGAACUCCUCAGGGAGUGCCAUGAACGAGAGGUACUCUCCCCAAUACAUCGACUUGCUCAGACUGACGAGGACAGUGGCUUUGAAAGAAUAUCUAAAAUGACAAUUAGAAUUGUGGUCUUAUAUUUUUGUUGAUGUAUUUAUUGAUAGAUAGAAUCAUUGAGGACGUCAGAGCAGAGGCAAGGCCUACUGAAGAGACUGGUGGACACAGAAGCAGAAAAAGUGGUGUGUAUGCAUCACCAUGUUCCUGUGUUUAUCACCAUGCACUUUUAUCUGUUACAUUUCCCUUAUAUUGGUUUCCUUUCACUCUGUGUGGUGCAUAUCCAUGUCAUAGAUGACAUUAAGAAUGUUGUUUCUGCUUUUCUGGCUUUCAGCAUCUUGCUGCAAAACUCAACAACAAAGAAAAGGAAGCCAACCAGCUUGCAGUACAUUUGGAUUUUGAAAAGGUACAUUGUCUCUAGUUCUCUAGAUUCUCAUCCGUUUGCAUUUGAUGCAGAGCGAGAUCAUAACGUUUUUUAUUUAGCUUACUAGGUAAUAAAAAAAAACCAUAUAUAAUAUAUAUAUAUAUAUCAUAAAUUGGUGGGUACUUAUUUUUGUCCUAUUUCAGUCAUGUACAAUUGUGUAAAUGGGAAAUACUCUGGGAUUUGAACCAGCAACCUUUUGGUUACUGGCCCAAUGCUGUAACCGCUAGGCUACCUGCCACCAGUGCUCACAAAUAGCAUCUUAUCUUUACUCAUCAUUCCAUAUCCUCCAUACAGGACAUUGUGAAGACCACAGGAGAGCUGUCUAAAGUUCUGGAGUCAACCUGCAGCCAGCUUAUGGUUCAGUUACGCAGCAAAGAGACUGAAAAUAACCGCCAGGCCGGCCAUAGUAAAGUGGGUACCAAGGUUUAUAGGCCACAUAAUUAAGAGUCUGCUUUUAUUUGGUCCUUGGGGGCAAUUCAAGGAGUUGGUCUGAUGGUGCAAUAGAGGAGCAAUGUCAGAGGACACCUGGACCACCUAUUGAGCCAUUUGUUAAGUAAAUCAGGUGAUAAAUUAGUUUCUAGGGAGUCCGGAGUGGGUCUUUAAAGUAUAGACUGGAACAUCUGACCACAACAAUCUUCUCUCUCCAUUGCGCCCCUUUUUUAUCUCCCUUCCUUGUGUGGAGUAGGAGAUGGAGCAGACCCAGGAGCAGCAGAAGGAGGAGAUACAGGCCCUGCUGGAGCAGCUGGAGGAGCUGAAGCGGCAGAGUGAAGAGGACAAAGAGAGGCUGAAGCAGGCCAACCAGACACAGAGGCAUAGGGCAGAGCACAGUGAGGAUUCAGCCAGACAGCUCUCUGCACAGCUGCUGGAGAAGGUCAGACACUCACUGGUCCUCAGGCUGCUCUCAUGGGUUGACAUGUGGUGUUGGGAUGGCAACAGGGUGGUUGGGUGUGAUCCUGUGAAUAUUAUUAUAUAAUAAUAUAAUAAUAUAAUAUGCCAUUUAGCAGACGCUUUUAUCCAAAGCGACUUACAGUCAUGCGUGCAUACAUUUUUUGUGUAUGGGUGGUCCCGGGGAUCGAACCCACUACCUUGGCGUUACAAGCGCCGUGCUCUACCAGCUGAGCUACAGAGGACCACGGGAGGGGUACAUGUAUAGUUAUAUUAACAAGCGAUCCAAGCGGGCCAGGUUCAACAAGGGGGCUUAGCCCCCUCAGUUGAAACUUGUGCCACCUCUGUUUUAGUUUUAUGUAAAAAUUGCAUAAAAGUUCAAAUGAUUGAGUGACAGGUUGGUGCGAAAUCUGUAUCACCGCUGCGCUGUAUCAACACAAUGGACAGAGUGUGCCGUGGAGUGUUUGUGUGUAGGGAAGUAUAGAAAGCCACUGGGCGGUUAGGCUAUGACUCCUUUCCAUAAAAAGCGGGGGGAAACGCUGCUCAUCUGUGGUAGGCUACAUGAAUAACAUGGCAGGCAACGUUUAUAACGUGAUACGCCUCCGCCUGGAAUAUUGGAUUUUGAUUUAUAAGGACGAGGUCAAGUUUACAGUUGAAGCUGCUUCACUCAACUCUGCCUUACUCCCCCCACUACAGAGUAUAGUUAUCUUCUUAGCUGGCUGUAAAAGGCAUUAGUGUUAUUAGCCUAUUUAGCUCUAACCAGCUAAUCUGGCACGAUGGAUAUCAGAAAUCAAACCACCAAGGCUGCCGCCAAACCCAGCAGAGAUGAUGCUGAUAGAGCGCAACAGAGAUUUCACUUCUUGGUCAAAAGCACUCAAUGGUCUUGGCAUUUGAACUUUGAUGUUUACUGUGGUAUAAGCAGAAUUCAAUAUAAUUCCAAUGCAAGAACCCAAAUGACGCCCCUGAGUAUAGCUACAUAUCGAUAUGUUUCAUCAUAGAAAUAGAACGUAGGCUUUAUUUGUAGCCUAUUGCUUUUCAUGGUUGGCAUUGCUUAAUUGAUUACGUGGGUGAGUCAAAUUUGAUCCACAGAAGUGUAUUGUGCGAUAUCGCAACGUGUUACUGAACGCAUGAGCUGCAUGAUUUUCCAUGUUUUAAGCCAGCCUAUAGGCCUAUUUAUUUUGCAAGACAGCUGUGCCUGGCUGCAUCUCACUGUAGUAGGCUGUUGGCUAUGUUUUGGUUAUUUGCUUUUGCCUUUUGCUUACUGUUAAUGUAACUAGCCUAAAUAUAGAUUGUGUCAUGCCUUUAUUGAUCUGAUAUUUAGUCUAUAGGCCUAUGGUACGCCUACCAUUGUUUUGUUCUGUUAACAUUCAUUUGUUCGCAUUCACGGUUGUGUCGGUAUUCUAAGCCAAACUGCUAUUCAGUAUUUUUGUUUUGCAUGAAUAACUAGGCUACUACUUUCAGCAUUUAGUUAGCAUUAUUUUGGUAAGACAGCUGUGUGUACGGCUGCAUUCACAUAGGCUGUUUGUAAUAGGUGAAUUACCCUAUCUAUCUUGUAGCCUAUAUUCAUUGCCAAAUAGGCCUUGCUUUAGUGUGUAGGCGUUGUCCAUUGUGCUGAUACAGGGCAGUGGAGAUUGGCUACAGAUAUCGUGCCAACCUGUCACUUCAAAAGCACUCAAUGGUCUCGGAGUCUCUGCAUUUGAACUUUGUUUAUUGUGGUAUAGUGUGAUAUAAGCAGAAUUCAAUGUAAUUCCAAUGCAAGAACCCUGCUAAAAUGGUGCCCCCUCAUUGAUUUCAACUGCCCCCUUAGUCACUUUAUCCUGGCGCCGGGUCUGGGCCCAAGAGUCACACUGCCCUAAUGUAUUUGUAUGCCAUCAUUCAGGAGACUGAGUUGGCAGAGGCCCUUACCUCAGCUGAGAGCUGGUGUACCCGCCACUCGAAAGAGGUGACUGUUAAGAGCCAGCUUGAAGUGGAAAUCGCUGUUCUCAAGAAGUGAGUAAUUGUGACUACCAUGAGGCAUUCAAGACCUGUUUGUUAUGAAUGAUUCAACAACUUUCACUCUGUAACAGUUUGUCUUUGGCAAAUGAUCUUGUUAAAAAAGUUGUCUAAAACCUUUUAAGUGUUUCUCAGACAUUUCAUCCUUUAUGAUUUCUUCAUUAUGUGCUCUGCUGUCUUGUCUGUGCAGCCAGGUGAGUGAGCUGACUGCACAGAUCCACACUGUGGAGGAGAAAGGCCAUCAAGAGAGGGAGGGGCUCCUGGACCGGCUGCACCGCCUCACCUCUGACAAUUCCUCCAACAAACUAGAGAACCAGAAACUGAAGGUAAACAUCUGUUUUUCUUCACUAUCAGUCAUUGAGUGUAAUAAACUGUAGAAUAUGAAACAUUGUAAGGAUUAAACGUUCUAGAACUUUUAAUGUCUGGAUAGUUGUUUAGUUAUUUGUGCAUCUUCUUCUUGAGACCACCCUGUCUGCUGCAGAAGAGAACCUGAUGCAGUCCCAGUCUAAAGCCCAGCAGCUGAAGAAUUCAGUCAAGAAGCUAGAGAGCCAGGUGGAAAACUAUAAGCGCAAGGUACAGUUGAUCAGCAUACCAGAGUGGGCUGUACUUCAACCUUAUAAGAAGCCAAGGUGUUAUAAUCCAGCAAUAAAUACUGUACAGGCUGCAUGCUAUCCAGUCUGUAGCAUAGAUUUUGAAUUGAUAAGUGAUCAUGUGCUGCAGGUUCAGAGGGCUCGAUCAGAGUCAGAGGAGUACUGCUUAAAGCUGGAGAUCUCUGAGAAACACGCACAAGAGAUGAAGGCUGACCUGGAGAGGGAGAUUGAGCAGGUCAGGAGGCAGCUGCUGGGGCGUCUGAAAGAGCUGGAGUCUCUGCCUGAGAGGCUGAAGCGUUCUGAGCUGCAGCUGAGAGAGGCCCAGGAAGAGACACACACUCAGGAGAGGAGAAACACUGAGCAAAACAACACCCUGUCUGAACUCAGACACAAGGUAUGCACACAUACUGUAAAUGGACAGUCGUCUGUUCACAGAUUGAUUCUGAUCUGUGUUUGAAUAAGAAAGGUGUUUGUGUGUGUCUCUGUGUAGGUGGAACAACAGGGAUGUUGGGUGGAGACUUUUCAAGAGAAGAAUUUGCUUCUGGUGGAGGAGCACAAAACUCUGCAGCAGAAGAUGGAGAGUAUAGAGAGGUAAGUCAUAUCAAUACCUGAGGGGGAGAUCGCCUAUUUGGUGUCCCGAUGUACCAUGAUCACACUCAGGUCCACAAGACAUCCUGCAUGUUUCUGCUGGUCAAUGUCUGGACUGUUCCUUCCCUCCCCAGGAAACUGGAGGAGGCAAACUUGCAGAACAGAGAUAUGGUCCAUGUAAUUGGCAAGCGGGAAGAGACUAUCCACAGCACCCAGAAACAGCUGGAGGAGCGGGCCCGGGAGUGCAGCAUCCUCUCCAAGCAGCUGGAGCAGGCCUUCGAAGAUGGACAGAGACAGGUCUGUCUUAUUACUGAACAUCACUUAAAUACCUUUCAGUUUCUGUUUCAGUCUCAAGAUUAUUUUGUUUUUACCGGUUUGUUAAUGUCAACUUGAUCAUUUUGGUUGGACUUUUAGGCGGAUCAGAGCCUGGAGCGGGCUUUACUCAAAGAGAGGUCCAUCCAGGCCAAGGCUCUGGACCUGGAGAGCCAACUGGGCCUCAAAAGGACAGAGCUCAGUCAGUUACGCAGAAGCAAAGAGGAUGUGAGUGAGACCUUUUAACCCAAUGACCUGGUUUUAUAGAGUUAUUUAUGUGUUAUACAUUAUACAUCCAAUAUCUUUUAAAAUAUUUGUUCCAACUUCCCAAUCAAGGAAUACUGUGUAGCUCUGUCCUUGAGCUGAUAUUGUCUAUUAAUGUUCUGUAUUAUUUCAUGUUUCAUGUUUUGUGGACCCCAGGAAAAGUUGCUGCUGCUAUCGCAACAGCUAAUUGGGUUCCUAAUAAAAUACCCCAAAAUACCAAAAUACUGUAUAUCUAUACAAACUACAAAAUCUGAACACCAUAAUAAGGUAUGAUACAACAAGUAUGUUAACUGUGUCAAACUGAAUUGAUAUGUAAGUCUGUUUUUUUCUUUGCAGAUGGAGCGACGAUUCCAGAAUCAGUUGAAGAACAUGAAGGAGAGACUGGAACAAUCUGACUCUACCAACCGCAGCCUGCAGAAUUAU